AUGUUCCCGUUCACGCCUCAGCUAUCUCUGAAGCCGGCACUGAAUCAGUGCGAUAUCUUGAUUUUUUAUUACGGCGAUGACCUAAACCUGUUGCAUCCUGCAUUCGAAUUUGUUUGGGGCCCCACGGUCAGUGAAAGAGUGGAUGACGUCACUGAUCAUCCGUACGAAAUAUAUCUAAGCCAUGACGAUCCGGCGAUGAUGACUAAAACAGUUUAUCGCCGUGUGGCGCUUUUCGCCUAUCGCGAAGGUCUUGAUCACGCACUGCGAAACGGUCACUCUCUGGGAAGGUUUUUGACGCCCACGGCUGUUGAUGUGAAUGAGGGACCGGCUGUGCUUUUGCCAAAAAUUUCGCAGAUCUUGAAGUUUUUAGAAGAGAAUGUGAGAGUUCAACAAGGCGUUACUGCGAAGUGGAAGCUUCCUGAGGAUUUGAAAGCCGUGCGCCAAGCUGGAAGCACUGAGGAUUUCAUGCGACUCGUCGCCGUGGUGAGGCUGGACGAGGCCUCCCUUCAGACUCUGGCCAAAAUAGACGCUGGCGAAGAUCGGCGCAGACUUUGCGAGUUGUCGCAUGCCUGA